AAGUAUCCCAUGAAAUUACGUAAGCAAUACGUGAAGAAGUGAUUCAAAUUAUUAUCGUUUUCCUUCUACUAUUGUUUGCUAAUUUGACUAUCAAAUACUUCAUGACCAAAAUUCGAAGCUGCAUAAAUAGAAUAGUGUUAGGCUAGUAUCAAUUUAGUAUUGACUAACUAGCCGUGGUAGCAAGUCUCGGACCCGCGUUCGAUAUUGACUAGCUCGUUGCAACCAAGAUGGGGAACCAAAGCUUCAGGACGCUCAGCAUUGAUGACUUUGUGGAGAUGACAAGUCGGCCGGAUUUCUCAAAAGUCAUUGAAAAGGAGCACAACAAAGUUCUGGCCGUACAACUACCAGGUACCUGUGUUAAUUUUUCAAGACCGCAAAAUUCGCUGAAGAAUCGGUACGACGAUAUUCCGUGUUGGGAUCACUCUCGGGUGAUUUUAAUACCACCCAGUGCAAAAUAUAAUUAUAACCAUACAGAUCCAUCACAGAUAACCCUAACACCAACGGAAAUACCCUCGACGUACAUACAUGCCAACUUUGUUAGCGGAUUUAAGGAGAGGAAGAAAUUCAUUUGCUGCCAGGCUCCCAAGAAAAACACAGUUGAAAACUUUUGGAGGAUGGUUUUAGAGCAAGAUUCUCAUAUUAUUGUAUCAUUAACAAAAACAGACAAGGGAGGUUUCGUGUGCUCUGAAUAUUGGAUUAAUGCAGAGAAUGGUAUAGAUAUAUUUGGAAGAUAUGUUAUCAGGACCCUUGAAAUUGUAAAAGAGUCAAGUUUCACCAGAACACGGUUACGACUUACCGAUAUGUUCACUGAUACUUCACGGGAGAUCCAUCACUUGUGGUACACUGAUUGGCCUAACGUCGGCAAUCCCAUCAACCCGGUGCAAAUUCUGGAUCUAAUAAUGCAGAUGAACAAAAAACGAGAAGAGUUAACUACAGCAGCAGGCUCUAAACUAGGACCGAUAGUGGUCCACUGUGCGGAAGGAGUCGGUCGAACAGGAAUAUUUUGCACUAUAGACAAUGCACUAUCACAGUUACGGAAAGAACAAACAGUGUGCCUACCGCAGACGGUGCUAAAACUACGGAAACAAAGACAUUCUAGUGUAUUUCUUAUUGGACAGUAUGCAUUCUGCUACAAAGUAGUAAGAUAUGCUUUAAUAACAGACCUCAUAGAAAAAAUAUUGUAUUAAGUGGUAUUUUGUGAUGUGAUAAGCAACUCAGUGCAGCUGAUAACUUGUAAGUUUUCUGUUCUCAUAAUUAUGUUUAUUUCAUUGUCAUUAGGUAUAGUGUGAAGAUCGGUAUUUAUAUCGCAUGACCUUUCGGGUCAGACUGAUUAUUCCGUUCUCAGAAAAACGGUAGUGAUAAGCUAAUCAAUAUGGUCCAAGUUUACGUCAGAUUCAUAUAUUUUUGUUACUUUUUUCCUCGUUCCGGUUGCCCAAUUUUUGAGGGACACAGAUUGCUAUAUUUUAUUUACGAAAAUCUUACUAUUGUUCACUACUACCCUUA